AUGUUAGAAGACUUGGAGACUGAAGCUUUGAUGCGUGAAUGGGGCUCAAAUAAGAAUUACUUUCGACAUUCUCCACCUAGAAGCUCGGAUGGGUUCGAGAGUCCAAUUGAUAUGCCUUUUGAAGAUCCUCAGCAGCUGCCUCCCCUUGCAGAAAUUUUUAAUGCAGUGCCUAGUUUUGUGGUGGUUCCUGCUGAAAUGGAUUAUGGUGUAACUAGCAUAGUCCAGGGUCUAGCCUCUAUUGGCAUUGAAAAGCUCUUAUUGCAGGCAAAGAAAUUGUGUUUUUUGGAAGAUAUAAUUGGGAAGACAAUGCAACACAUAGCGUGGAAACUUCAUCCAGCCUGUGACUGGCCUGAGAGGUUUAUUGUUACUAUUUCAGCAUUUCCAUAUGUUUUUAUUUACGAGUAUGAAGAUGCUGAUGGUCUGCUGGGCAUAUCUCAAGCACUUGAUGAACGUACGAUGUUGGAUUCCAGUGAAAUUGAUUAUUAUCUCAUCACUGAUUUCAUUGUUGCGUGA